CACCAGCCUCGGCGUACGAGAAUAAAAAGAGUUAGAUAACAAUCGGCUGAGACCUGGUUACGACAUUGAUACCGAGAAGACCCUUGCUAAGAUAUGCUCCGAAAAUGUUUAUCAUAUUCUGAAAGGAUCACUUCAUUUGUAACAGAAGGACAGAAUCGUCAAGCCAUACUCUUGUUCCAUCAGCUUCAGAAAACUAGGUUCAAAAUCACGGAGUUGCUUCUCUCAGCAGUUGCAAGAGCCUGUGGAAGACUUGGUGCCCUGGAAGAAGGCAAGCAGGCUCAUUGCAUUGUGUUCAAACAUGGGUUCAAUAGAGAUACGAUUCUAAUGACCUCCCUUCUUGAUAUGUACACAAAAUGCAGCGACAUCAAAGAAGCCCGCCGUGUGUUUGAUGAAAUGCCCGAAAGAGAUAUUGUUGUGCACAAUAGCAUGAUUUUUGGGUUAUGUCGGUGUCACUUGACGUUGGAGGCGAUCACUUUGUUUAAUAAUAUGUUUGAGCGCGACGUGGGAUCUUGGAAUUCACUGAUUUCAGGGCUGGCACAAAACUCUGAAGGAAGGACGGCGUUGUUUUUGUUUAAGAAAAUGCGAGUGGAGGGAGCUGAAGUUGAUUUUAUGACAAUGUCUAGUGUUCUUUCAGUUUGUGCUGAUAUUGCAGCUUUGCUUAAUGGAAAACAAGUUCAUGGGCUGGUGAUUAGAUAUGGUUUUGAGCUACAUUUAGCGGUUGGAAAUGCUACUAUUGACAUGUAUGCUAAAUGUGGACGCAUGGAUGAUGCGUACCAAUUUUUCAAGAACAUGUCUAUCAAGAACGUAGUUUCAUGGACUUCUUUGAUUGUGGGUUAUGGAAAACAUGGCCUGGGAAUGGAAGCUCUUGAGGCAUUUAAUGCAAUGGAAACGGAGGGUGUUGUACCAAACAAGAUCACGUUCUUGGGAGCCUUAUAUGCGUGUAGUCAUGCAGGAUUAGUUCAAGAAGGGUGGAGGAAUUUCAACACCAUGAUACAUAAAUACUCCAUCACGCCCAUGAUGGAGCAUUAUACAUGCAUGGUUGAUUUACUUGCGCGGGCAGGGCAUCUCACAGAGGCUUAUAAUUUCAUAGAGAGGAUGCCAAUAAAGCCGGAGGCAAAGCUUCUGACAGCUUUUCUUAGUUCAUGUUGCUCCCGCAUGAAUGUAGAGUUAGCAAAGACUGUUGGACAGAGAUUACUUGAAUUGGAACCUGAAGAAGCAGGGGCCUAUAUGUUGCUUUCCAACUUCCAUGGACUUGUUGGGGACUUGGAAGGUGUUAAAAACGUGAGAAGAUUGAUGUCAAAGAAGGGAAUAAGAAAAGAAAAGGCAUGUACAUGGAUAGAGAUAGAUAGAAAAGUUCACAGCUUUGAAUCCGGAGAUAGGUCUCAUCCCCUUAGCAAAGAGAUAGACAAUUACUUGAAAAAUCUUGUUCAGAAGAUGAAGAAUUGUGGGUAUGUUCCAAACACAAGCAUGGUUAUGCAAAAUGUGGGUGAGCACAUAAAGGAGGAGAUAGUUCUUGGCCACAGUGAGAAAUUGGCCAUUACACUUGGGCUAAUUAGCACACCCCCGGGAACCCGUAUAAUGAUAGUUAAGAAUCUUAGAGUAUGUGCAGAUUGCCAUUUGGUGACAGCAUUGAUCUCAAAGAUUGAAGGGAGGGAGAUUGUUGCAAGAGAUUCGAGCCGAUUCCAUCAUUUCAAUAACGGAGAAUGCUCCUGUGGAGGUCAUUGGUGAGAGGUAAGGGAGAUGAUCUUUGCCGCAUAUAUAUAUGCUUUAUAUUGUUCAUCAGAGCAAUAGUAUUGAAUGAAUAUCAUACUCGUCUUUAUAUAACAGAAUGAAAAAUUCACUCAAUUCUAAAAAACUGUGCUGGGAAAUAUCUUUAUUGAUACAAACAAAUAAUUUAUUACACAAACUUCACCAUUACAUUUUUAUAUUAAUCUUAA